AUGCUUCGCCGGGUAGCAACAACGACCAGAGGUCCGGCCUUGCGGACGAGGGUUCGUGCCGCCACCUCGCCUCCGGCCUACUUAACGAGCGGUUGCCGGGCCUUCAGGAUGGGACGUGGUGUUUCUCGGGUGACACAAGAGUUUGACCUCAACAAGCUCAAUGACCAGCGCCGGGACUACGACCGUAACCGGACAGCAUUCCUUGCGGCGGGGGCCGGGGCUGGAAUCGUCUCUUUCAUAUACACGUCAUGGAAGCUAAAGACGGCUCUGGACGAUCAGUCCAGGAAACAGAAAGUUGAAUGCGACUCUGCUGUGCCAAAUGAGAUGUUCAAGACUGAGGGGGGCGAGAAGCGCAAGGUGGUACUCCACGACGAUGAAGGCCGCGAAAUUGUCCCCACAGGCAACAGUGUCGUCACCACAUUCCCUCGCACUCUGGACGUUAAAUUGCCCUCGGAGCCCAAGCCUGAAGGUCCCAUUGCAGCGUCGAUCACGGAUGACGAGGGGGCCCAGUUCACCCUCGUCGGCCUAGGCACCCGUAGCGUCACCUUUAUCGGCAUACAGGUAUAUGUGGUGGGUUUCUACGUCGCAACGCAAGACGUGGCCAAGCUGCAACACUAUCUCGUCAAAAAGGUCAAUCCGGUAGCCACGACGCUUAUUUCCUCGGAGAAGGAAGCGUUGCGCGCGUCACUCAUGCACGAGACCGAAGGCGAAGCCACGUGGAAUGAGAUACUGCGCGAUGCCGGCUGCCGCACCUUGUUCCGCAUCACUCCCGUCAAGGACACUGAUCUCCAUCACCUGCGAGACGGAUUCGUCAGGGCUAUUACCGGCCGCACGCGGUCUGAUCCCAAGGCCUACGCCGACGAGCAGUUUAGCGCCUCCCUCAAGGACUUCAAGGCCAUGUUUAACCGCGGCUCCGUUCCCAAAGCCAAGGAGCUCAUCUUGUGCCGUGACCAGGCCGGCAAGCUUUCCGUUAUGUACAACGACCAAGGCGUCAAGACACUGCGCAAGGACAUCAUGGGCGCCGUCGACGACGAGAGGAUCUCUCGUCUCCUUUGGCUCAACUACCUCGCCGGAGCAAAGGUCGCAUCCGAGGGUGCCAGGCAGAGUAUAGUCGAUGGUGUUCUGGAGUUUGUUGAGAGGCCUGUCGGAACUGUUGCCACCCAGGUCCUCUGA